UCCUUCUGAACAUGGGACUUUCCAGAAGUACCACAGCCUCCUCCCGUGUAUCAACUUGCCCCCAGAUGUUCUGGAUUUGGGUUGUUGAAGGAGUCUGCUGGCCUCUCUGGAGAGCGAUGGGCAUGUGGUCCCUGUGGAGCCUGCUUCUCUGGGAAGCACUGCUUCCCCCUGGAGCCUCCAGCGCCCAAGUGCACGGCCAGGUCGGGGGCUCUGUGCUGCUGGUGGCAGAGCGCCCGGCCGGCUUCCAAGUCCGAGAGGCCAUCUGGAGAUCUCUCUGGCCUUCGGAGGAGCUCCUGGCCACGUUUUUCCGGGGCUCCACAGAGACUCUGUACCGCUCCCGCUUCCUGGGCCGAGCCCAGCUCCACAGCAACCUCAGCCUGGAGCUCCAGCCUCUGGAGUCUGGAGACAGCGGCAACUUCUCUGUGCUGCUGGUGGACACGGGCGGUCGGGCCCGGACCCAGCUCCUGCAGCUCAAGGUGUACGAUGCAGUGCCCAGACCCGUGGUACAAGUAUUCAUCGCUGUAUCAGGGGACGCUCAGCCACCCAAGACCUGCCAGGUGCUCCUGUCCUGUCGGGCCCCCAACAUCAGUGACAUAACCUAUAGCUGGCGACGGGAGGGGACCAUUGACUUUGGUAUUGAACCAAGCGGCCUGUUCACGGAUGGACAGGUGCUGAGGGUUUCACUGGGACCAGGAGACAAGAGUGUGGCGUAUUCCUGCAUUGUCUCUAAUCCCGUCAGCUGGGACUUGGCCACCGUCACCCCUUGGGAGAGCUGCCAUCGCAAGGCAGCCCCAGGAAAGUCCUCCUACAAAGAUGUGCUGCUGGUGGUGGUCCCCAUCUCCCUGCUCCUGACCCUGGCUGCUCUCCUCUCUGCCUGGCACUACUACUGCUCAGGUAGGAGUCCUGCAGGUGUCACAGGGAAAAAGCAGAAGGACAUCUGUAUUGACAGAGUGGCUCCUGAGACAGAGAACCCCCUUGUGUAGGGUGUGCCAUGGAGGAGGAUAUAAACUGCUGCCUGGACCAUCAGGAAGCCCACUGCCCAAGCACAUGAUGCUCUGGAGCAUAGUUGGUGUCUGGAAGCCACCACGGCCCCCGUACUUCCCAUGAGACUCCUGUCCCACCUCCAGGAGCAGCCUAGACAGCUGUUGUGCUGGGAGCCGCCAGACAGAAAACACUAGCACAGUCUUCCACAUCCCCCCUCCCCCGCUCCUGGCUCUGCUUGGGGCAAGAUAACAGACCAUCCCCUCAAAGAUGCUGGAAGUUCUCCAGGACCCACAGGGACUUUGAUGGUCCAGGGCAUUCACCAACCCCACCACCCCCCACCACUGCUCAUGAAGUAUUGUUGUAGACAGAAUCUGUCUCCUCCAAGUCCAUUGGUUGAAGUCCUAACCCCCAAUAUCUCAGAAUAUGACUGUAUUUGGAAAAAGGACUUCAAAGAGAAAAUUAAAAUUACAUGAGGUCAUUGGGAUGGGCCCUAAUCCCAUAUGACUCGUGUCCUUAUAAAAGAGGGAGAGACACCAGGGAUUCACCCACAGAGAAAAGGUCAUGGAAGGACACAGAGAGAAAGAAGUCAUCUACAAGCCAAGGAGAGAGGCCUCAGAAGAAACUAAACCUGCUGACACCUUGGUCUUGUGCUUUUAGCAUCCAAGACUAUGAGAAAAUAAAUUUCUCUUGUUUAAGCCA